UAACAGUCAAAAUUUCGCCACCGCGAACGAAAAAACAACGUUUCCAAUAUCAGCUUCCCGUGUAGUCGAGAAAAUGAUGGCGUGCGAAUCUGAAAGAAUGAGUAAACGGAAGCCCACAACCUAAGCUAUAGAGCGACGUUUAUCUCAUCGAAAGCAGGGACGAAAAGCAAACAGUAAUUUGAAACGAUGGAUAAUCUCAAGGAAGUACUUGCGCCGAAAACAUUCAACAAAUUUAGCCAUGCAGCAGUUCUAAUUUGGUUCCUGAUUUGUGCAAUCUUCCUUGGCAUUUUUAUUGAAGUGGAAAACGCCGAAUCCAGAUUUGAUUUCCGUUGUGGUGGGGCGAAGAGCGGAGACGUUGAUCUUGUCCGUGGAAAAUGUUUCGUGCAAUACCAGGAGCAGUACAACAAAUACGGGAUUCCAACCUAUGGCUUCGUGGUCAUGAAUUUCCUCGUGAUUGGUAUUGUAUGUGCUAUGUAUUCCCUUGUAGCGAGAUCUACAGUCGAUCGCCUGUCGCUGCCUAGCACUCGUAACGGUGACCCUGAGAGCCAGUCGAGCGACCAAAAGAAGGAAACCUCGACGGGAAAACAGCUUUUCAUCGCCUACUGCUGUCAACUGUCCAUAAGAAUUGUAUUGGGAGUUCUUUUCAUGAUCCUUCAAACUCAGUUGCUUUAUCCUUCAAAGUUUCCCUAUACGUUUGGCUGUUAUUUUAACUCUGGAACCGAACAGCCAAGGAAUUUAUCUGACGCCAGCCGAAACAGUACUUUUCACGAAUGUAACAAUCAACGAGCGGUAAAGAAAAUCUUCUGGAUGAACGCUGUCCUUGCAGUCAAUGGAAUUUAUGUCGCAUGUCUUCUGAUUGAAACCGUCUACAUUUUGGCAAGGGCAUGGAAAGUAAGGAGUUUCAUGGAAAACUCAAAGUUUCUUGAAAUCCAUCUUGAUCUCACUAAUGAAAGGUCACAUCAUGUUUUACUACGGCUGAGAUUACAUGAAAAUCGUGUUACCCACUUCAAGUUGCUCCUAGAGCCCCAAAAGCAAGAUGACGUUGUCUCACUAAAGUCACAUGAGUGUGAAAACCGUCUGAUCAAAGUCAAGUUGCACGUAGAACCUCAAAAGCAAGAUGAUGUUGUUUCAUCAAAGCCACAAGAGUGUGAAAACCGUCUGACCCAAGUCGAGUUGCACCUAAAACCUCAAAAGCAAGAUGUUGUUGUCUCACCAAAGCCACAAGAGUGUGCACAACGUCUGACCCAAGUCGCGUUGCACAUAGAACCUCAAAAGGAAGAUAAUGUUGUACCACCAAAGCCACGAGAUCAAAUCGAGUCGCAUCAAGAACUUCCACAGCCAGAUGGAAGGAACGGACAUGAUAAUGUUUCUCAAAGGCAAAGGGAACCUGAACAACCCCAAACAUCAAAGCUUCAACCAUUUAUCGCGGAAACAAAGGAAAUAAUUAAAGAAGACACCCAAAACCUUUUUGAACUCCGAUCACCGUUUUCAGCUCCUCCUGGCGAACACGCAGUAGUUACACAUUUGACUCUGGAUCAGAUUUACACGAACCUCGUGGUAAUUCCAGACAGAGCUACAUAUGACUUUACUGAAAACAGAGAGGAGCAACUCAAAGUUUAUCCAAGGUCGUGCAAGGAAGAAUCUCAACUGAAAAGCUUGGAAGACCUCCUAAACGAUGAAAGUAAGAAAGUUUUGGUUGUCGGUCGACCCGGAAUCGGUAAAACAUUAUGUUGUACCAAACUUCUCAGAGACUGGGCAUUCGAUAAAGUUUUUCAAGCAACAACUAAUGCCCGAAUCCACUUUGAUGCUGCUUUCUUCUUAAAAUUCAGGAGAUUGAACUCGUUAAACGACCUUAGCCUCAGGGAACUACUCACUCAGUCAGAACAUUGUCCCUCAGAUCACCUGGAUGAUGAGGUCUGGAAAUACAUACUGGAGCACCCGGAAGGUGUCCUCAUACUUCUUGACGGAUUUGACGAAUUCAAAGACAACGCAAACAUGGUCGUGGCGCCUCCUCGUCCCAAAAGCACUGAAGAGAAAAUGCCGCUCCAAAUCCUUUAUCAAUGGCUUGUGACCGGGAAACUCCUUAAAGGUGCUUCAAUUUUAACAACCACAAGACCCACAGCUUUGGCGAGCAUCGUAGACCUUCCGUUCGACAAAACCUUUGAGAUUCUGGGAUUCUCAACCGAGCAAAUUGAAGAAUAUGUCUACAAAUUUACCGGAGAUGACAAGCAAGCUGGCGAAACACUAUGGCGACACAUCAGCAGCAACAUGAACUUACUUUCGCUGUGUUACAUCCCUGUAAACAGCUUCAUCAUGUGCUCAAGUCUAUCACAAAUAUUGCAGCUCGACCGUUCCGCUGGUGUUACUCUCCCUUCCAAAUUAACAACCAUUUACAAGAUUGCAGUGAAAGUGUUUUAUUAUAAACACACGAAAGAAUUCCGCGACAGACGUUUGACUCGCGAACACUUUGUAUCAGAUAAAUUGCCAGAAAAUGUGGAGGAGACAUUCGAGAAACUAGGAAGAGUGGCGUUUGAAGGAAUCAAAGAAGGAAAGCUGAUCAUUGAAGGAAAAAAAGUACGCGAAAUGGAAGACAGUGCUCUCUUCCACCGCUUACCCGACCGUCCGGCUGGCGAGUUAGCUUAUGAACGACAAUUCUGUUUCAUUCAUCUUACAAUGCAAGAGUUCUUUGCUUCAAGGCACCUAGCAAAUAUGAGUGAAACUGAAUUAAGGAACUUUGUUAACGACAACAUCAAGGAUGGAAAAUGGCAGCUAGUUCUGCAGUUCCUGGCAGGACUAAUGGAAGACAAAGAUCAUAUACCGGGCGAGAUAAUGACCGACCUUCUUCCUGCGAAAACCGAAGAGAAACAAAGCGCAGAAUACAACGAAGACUGGCCACAAAAUGAGAACAAAAUGAAAGUGACCUGCUGGCCGACUGACGACGAACAAGAUUUAGCAGUGACAUUGUGUAAGUGUAUAAACGAGAGUAAGAAAAUGGAGUCAAUAGUUCAGAGAAAAAUACAACAAAUUAACUUUAAUUUUUUUAAUUUCAGUUCUUGUCAACUCACAGCUGUUGACUGCUCUGCAUUAGUAAAUGUAAUUAAGAAUGUUCCAAACAUUUCACAUUUAGAUUUGAGUUUAAAUAACAUAAAUCUAUUAGGCUGUUUAGAAGUUUGUAAAUUGUUAAAAUGUAGGAAAUCUCAACUGACCUGGUUACACCUCAGACAAAAUCAAUUGACAGAUGAAGCAGCAAAGUAUUUAGCUGAAGCCAUCACAAACAACAACUGUCAGCUACGCGCAUUACACCUCUUAGACAAUAACAUCGGAGACACUGGAACACAGCACUUUGCUGAAGCCAUUAACAACAACAACUGUCAGCUACGCUGGUUAGCUCUCUCAGCGAAUUACAUCACAGACACCGGAGCACAGCACUUGGCUGAAGCCAUCAACAACAACAACAGUCAGCUAAGCACAUUAAACCUCUCACACAACAACAUUACCGACACUGGAGCACAGCACUUGGCUGAAGCCAUCAAUAACAUCAACAGUCAGCUAAAAACGUUAAACCUCGCAAGGAAUGACAUCACGGCCACCGGAGCACAGCACUUGGCUGAAGCCAUCCACAACAACUGUCAGCUACACACGUUAAACAUCUGUUACAAUAAGAUCACAGACACAGGAGCACAGCACUUGGCCGAGGCCAUCAACAACAAAAACUGUCAGCUACGCGUGUUAAACCUCUCAAGCAGUAACAUGACAGACACAGGAGCACACCACUUGGCUGAAGCCAUCAGCAACCACAACUGUCAGCUACGCACGUUAUACCUCUACAACAAUAAAAUCACAGAGGCUGGUAGGCAAAACGCACUGAGUUUAGUGAGUAAGAGUCAGUCUAUGUGUGCACUGUGUUUUUAAGCCUCAGAAAUUCCAGUCAUCUGUCGAUCUUUUUUUCUUUUAAACAAACCAAUAAUAUUUCAGGAAAAGCAGAAGGAUUACUGCAAAGGGAACAAACAAAUCUCGAACCUCUCAGGAAACUUUCUCAUCUUUUGAUUGGUUAGUUUCGAUACUAAAUUCACUGCAUGCUUCGGUAUGCUUUGUUGGCUUGUGUCUGUCACAAGGAAUAGUUUUCUGUGGAGCUUAUUACGGAUCUUUCGGAGUUAUAAGCGAAUCAUAUAAGUAAAUACAAUGUAGAUUUUUUGGUAGAGUACUUUUGUUUUAUUUUUCUUCUUCUUUUUCCCAUGGAAGCGUUCCGGUUCAAGUAGUUACACGCUUCUAAAACAAAAGCCUGUUUUUGUAGGUUAGCAGUGUAAGAUUUAUAUCGUAUUAUUCUGAACAAUUUUUUAAGGUUUCCGCCAUUGUUGUACAUAUUAGAGUAGUUUUGAACAUAUUUAGGGCCUGUGACUACGAAUUUCACUUAAACAUCUGAAGAUGAAGUACCACAGUUAUGAUUUUAACUAACCAGUAUUUGUUAAUAGAGCUAGAAAUCCAAAAUUUAUCAA